AUGCCAAUAGGAAUGAUGGAAAGCCCAACAGUUUUACAGAAAAUACAAUGCACUAAAAUUAAAAAGUCAAAAGAUCCGGAGUUUGUGUUGAAGGUCGUUUGUAAUGACUGCCCUGCUCAUGAGAUCACUAGGAAGCAUCAGGAUUUAUGCGACUUCAUUACAGAAUUGAUAACAUGUUACCCCAAGUUUGCCAAAGACUUACCAAAAAUGAAAGGUUGUGAUUGGUUCAAUAGAGGUUUCUUCAAAAAUAAGAACUGCAAGAUUGAAAUUGAUAACUUUUGCCAGAAACUUCUCGACCUACCGGAAGAUGUGAGGAACGAUGAGAUGAUGGUCACAUUCUUUUCCAGCUUGUCUGCCUUCCAAAUUGCAUGUUCCAAGAAGAAGAGGGAGAUAGCCGAACAGAAUGGAAUCGGAGAACCAUCGUACGACUGUCUCGCCUUGAUACCGUCUGAGAACGAGACCAAGAACAACGUCAUCAUCAACGACAACAUAUACGGUGAAGGACUGCAGAAGACGUUCAACAUCCCUCCGGUCGACAAGGUCGUCAAGACAUCAGCCACAUCAAAGAAGAACCAGUCGGACAGUGAAGUUUACGAAUCGUCAACCGCCUACGCUCUCUACUGCGACAUCGACUUGAAUAAAGAAGUAAAGUGCAAGGAUUCGAACGCUAUGCGCUCUUGUAAAGUAAAAUGUUCACAAAUAUAUUGCUCUUCCCCGCAUGAUAUUCCAGUGAUCAAGCCCCACACAGCCACGGACGUCAAUGAGAUUUCAGUUCAAGUUGGGCAGUUGGUUGAAAUCCUUGAUAACCUACCUAUUGGUCUGGUUAAAAUUAGGUGGUCUGGUAGGGUGGGCUUCGUCCCGAACGUCUGUUUGGACUUGAAAGAAAAAAACUCUGUUAUGAAAUUCGGAAUGGCAAGCAGCGAUCAGUCGAAGGUGAAGCCUGUGGCCAACGUGCCGCCUCUCAGUGGCCCCCACACCAAAACUGAGGACAACAUCGAACAAGAGGUAGCGUUGCGAUUGUGUGGCUUGUGUGGUGCCAUAUUCAUAGAAAUGUACUUUGAUCAUUGA